AUGUCAGGACCAUACUACCCAUGGGUCGAUGGGAAGGAGCUUGGGCCUACUGGUGGGAGAGAGCCAGAACGCAGCGCUGACCAACACCGAAGGCUCUUGAUCGAGGAUCCAUCGACAGGAGAACUCAUUGCCGAAUGCCAUGUUCCCUCUGAAGAUGAUCUCGACACGGCCGUUCGUGUAGCGCAUGCGGCGUUUCAAUCGAGAGUCUGGUCGCGUAUGGAGUGCUCGCAGCGCGCGGAUGUGCUCGACAAAUGUGCCCUCUUGCUUACAGACGCACUCCCAGAAUUAAUCAACCUCGAGUCGAGACAAACUGGCCGAGUCAUCCGCGAGAUGAAAACGCAACUGCCGUCCCUCGUGCGAUGGUUCAAAUACUACGCCGCCCUUCUCCGCGUUGACGAGCAAUCGGUCCUCCCAACAACCGGAAAGCUGCACAAUUUCACAUCUCGAGUCCCACUAGGGGUCGUGGUGCUGAUCACCUCCUUCAAUCACCCCCUCUUGAUCGCCACCAAGAAACUAGCGCCCGCUCUGGCAGCGGGGAAUAGCGUCAUUCUGAAGCCGAGCGAGCUGACCCCAUUGACAUCCAUCUUACUGGGCAAGAUCCUCCACCGGGCAGGUGUGCCGGCUGGCGUCUUCAACGUUCUACCAGGCACUGGUAGCAGUGUGGGACCAGCGUUGGUGUCACAUCCCCUUGUACGCAAAGUCGAUGUCACUGGGGGAACUGAAAUGGGGAGAGCUAUCGGAGCGAUUGCCGGGGGCAAGCUCUGUCCAUUUACAGCGGAACUGGGAGGCAAAGCACCACUUCUGGUUUUUGCGGACGCCAAUGUCCAAGCAGCAGUGAAUGGAAUCGCGUUCGGAAGUUACAUCGCCAGUGGACAAACCUGUGUGGCCAGUACAAGAAUCAUUGUCGACAACACAAUCAUGGACAAUCUGUUGCAAGCCUUGAAGACCAAGGUCGACGGAAUAACUGCCCGCAUGGGGGCACCCAUCCACCCGCAGUCCAUGAUGGGACCACUCAUUUCUCGGAAACAGCUAGCCAAAGUGGAUCGCUAUGUUGCCGAAGCUCUUGAAAACUUUGCGGUGAGACCUCUCGUUGGGGGAAAGCGGCUGCAAGGAAGGUCUGCCCUCGAUGGCUUUGAUUUUUCAAGAGGAUACUUUUACGAGCCCACUGUUCUUGUUUCGAGAGACGGACAGAUUACGAACAUGCCCAUCUGGCGACGCGAAUUAUUUGGCCCGGUGAUUGUGGUGGUUGGGUUUGACACCGAAGACGAGGCACUUGCUCUGGCCAACGAUACAGAAUUCGGUCUUGGGGCAGGAAUUUGGACAACCGACCUCGCUCGUGCUUUCCGUGUGUCCGAGAAGAUCGAGGCGGGAAUUGUCUGGGUCAAUACCCACCAUCGAAACGAUCCCAGCAGCCCUUGGGGUGGUGCAAAACCCGCGAGCGGGGUUGGAAGCGAGAAUGGCAUCGAUGCAUACCAUGCAUACACCACGACAAAAAGCACCGUCGUCAACUUCGCUCCUUACCAAGAAUCAUUGGACAUGGAUGAUUGGUUCGGUGAAGCUUCUCAGAAUGUCCGAUAUGGCUAA